AACGUCGAUUUUCACUAUAAAAACCGGCGGAUCGAUCUCGAUUCGUAUUCCACUUCAUCGACCAGGUGGAAAAGAAACUCUCGACGAUGCGCAAUCUUGUCGCCGUUCUUGCCCUCCUGGCAACCUUGGCUGCCGGUAACCCGGCCGAUCCUCGGACGCUGGACAUUGUGCAGAGGAUGGACGGUCGGAUCGUGGGUGGCGAGGCGACGACCAUCCACGAGGCGCCGUACCAGGUCUCCCUUCGCAAGAACGGCUACCACAUAUGCGGCGGGAGCAUAAUAAGCGCCGAGUGGGUGUUGACCGCGGGCCACUGCUCCUCUUACCCCCUCUCCACCUACGAGAUACGAUCCGGCUCGACCAACGUGAACUCGGGCGGCUCGUUGCACAAGGUCGAGCUGAUAAUCAGGCACAAGAAGUACACAACCGACCGGUACGGUAUACCGUCCAACGACAUAGCCCUGUUCCGCGUCCAGGGCUCGUUCAAAUUUAACGACGCGACGAAACCGGUCCAACUCUAUCAAGGGGAUUCGGCAUCCCUCGUGGGGAAAUACGGUUUGGUCACCGGUUGGGGCCGCACGAACACCAAGAUCCCCGCCGUCCUCCACAAGGUCUCGGUCCCCCUCGUCCCCAAGAUGGAAUGCGACAGGGAUUACUCGAGGUUCGGCGGCGUGCCCCAGGGUGAAUUGUGCGCCGGAUUCCCGGAGGGGGGGAAGGACUCUUGCCAAGGGGAUUCGGGGGGGCCGUUGGUCGUCGACGGAAACUUGGUCGGCAUCGUCUCUUGGGGGAUGGGGUGCGGAACGCCUAAAUACCCAGGUGUCUACACGGACGUGGCUUAUUACCGGGAAUGGGUGAGGGAGAACAGCGGCGUCUGAAUUUCGAAUUUUCGAAUUUUGAGGUCGAAAAGUGAGUGUAUUGAUAUUUUUGAGUAUUUGGAAAUUGAUAUCGAUUAACUCGGGCACAUGAUUUUUUUUCCUAUUCUCGAGACAAUGUUAAGUAAGGCUUGGAGUUUUAAGCGAUCUUGUAUAGUAUGGUAACGUUUUCAAACUUCAAAGAUUUUUGAAGACGAGAUAAUUGUGUAUAUAUCUAUGUGUAUGUAUAUAUGUAAUAUAUAAUUGCAGCGUGUAAAUAAAAGUUGUACAGAGAAUAAAAAUUUUUGUUAUUUA